GUGAGAAGUUGACACUAAAACAAACAGACGUGUCCUUCCCUUCCACAAAUUCCAUACUUCCAUUCACUGAUCUCUCUCUCUCUAUCUCUAAGCGUGUUUCACUCCUGCUCACUGACGCUUGCCCAUCUGGUUCGCCAUUCUUUUCAGAGGAAUAUGGUAGCGUUUAAGGUUACAACCGUUAAGAGCACUCCUUUCGAUGAUCAGAAGCCGGGGACUUCUGGCCUCAGGAAGAAGGUGAAAGUUUUCAAGCAACCUCAUUAUUUGCACAAUUUUGUCCAGGCGACGUUCAGUGCUCUUUCAGCUGAAAAAGUCAAAGGUGCCACACUAGUCGUUUCAGGUGAUGGCCGCUAUUUCUCUGAGGAAGCUAUCCAGAUCAUUAUCAAGAUGUCUGCUGCCAAUGGAGUAAGAAGAGUGUGGGUUGGUCAGAAUGGAUUGCUUUCCACUCCUGCUGUUUCAGCUGUUAUACGUGAAAGAACUGGACAUGAUGGAUCUAAGGCAACAGGAUCAUUCAUAUUGACUGCAAGUCAUAAUCCAGGUGGUCCAACUGAGGAUUUUGGAAUUAAAUACAACAUGGAAAAUGGUGGGCCUGCACCAGAAUCUGUUACUGAUAAGAUCUUUGAGAACACAAAAACGAUACAGGAGUAUCUCAUUGCAGAAGACAUUCCAGAUGUAGACAUAUCAACAGUUGCUGUGACAAGCUUUUCGGGACCUGAGGGGCAAUUUGAUGUUGACGUUUUUGAUUCUGCAACUGACUACUUGAAAUUGAUGAAGUCUAUAUUUGACUUCCAGUCUAUCAAACAGUUGCUUGCUAAUCCAAAAUUUUCAUUCUGUUAUGAUGCUCUUCAUGGAGUUGGUGGAGCUUAUGCUACGCGAAUUUUUGUUGAAGAACUUGGUGCAAAAGAAAGCUCAUUAUUGAAUUGUGUACCCAAGGAGGACUUUGGUGGAGGCCAUCCAGAUCCUAAUUUGACUUAUGCGAAGGAAUUAGUUGCAAGAAUGGGUUUGAGCAAGACUAGUUCUCCAGGUGAGCCACCAGAAUUCGGUGCUGCCUCUGAUGGUGAUGCUGAUCGUAACAUGAUACUUGGUAAAAGGUUUUUUGUCACGCCAUCAGAUUCUGUGGCUAUUAUUGCUGCAAAUGCAGUACAAGCCAUACCAUACUUCUCUGGAGGUCUAAAGGGAGUUGCCAGGAGCAUGCCUACAUCCGCUGCUCUUGAUGUUGUUGCUAACCAUCUGAAUUUGAAGUUUUUUGAGGUUCCAACUGGCUGGAAGUUCUUUGGCAACUUAAUGGAUGCUGGAUUAUGUUCAGUUUGUGGUGAAGAAAGUUUUGGAACUGGCUCGGAUCAUAUCCGCGAGAAAGAUGGAAUAUGGGCUGUAUUGGCAUGGUUAUCCAUUAUUGCAUACAAGAACAAGGAUAACAGUGGAGAUAAGCUUGUGACUGUUGAAGAUAUUGUGGUUGAUCAUUGGGCUAAGUUUGGUCGCCACUAUUAUACCCGUUAUGAUUACGAGAAUGUUGAUGCUGGUGCUGCAAAGGAACUUAUGGCACAUUUAGUCAAACUACAAUCCUCCCUUGAUGAAGUUAACAAUAUUGUGAAGGGUAUUCGUUCAGACGUGUCAAAAGUUGUCAAUGCCGAUGAAUUCGAAUACAAAGAUCCUGUUGACGGUUCCAUCUCAAAGCAUCAGGGCAUCCGGUAUCUUUUUGAAGACGGGUCUCGUUUGGUUUUCCGUCUGUCGGGAACAGGCUCAGAAGGUGCAACUAUUAGGCUUUACAUUGAGCAAUAUGAGAAGGAUGCUUCAAAGACUGGUAGAGAUUCACAAGAUGCACUUGCUCCUUUGGUUGAAGUUGCUCUGAAGUUUUCUAAGAUGCAGGAAUUCACUGGUCGGAAUGCUCCGACUGUGAUCACAUAAGCUUUACUCUAAGCCAGCCCGACCAAGCUCCUCUGUGGUGUUGUUGCCCAGAGUUUUGAGAAUAAAACAAGAUCCAACUUUUACCCUCUCUGAUGAUGCUAAAAGAGGUUCUGUUUAAAUUUUACAAGAAAGAACUAUUAUAUGUGAUCUUGGACUUCAAAUUUUAUAAUAAAUUUGAAUUAGAGGUUUAUUCUUAUAUUGAUCUC